AUGACGGGCUAUCGAUCCAAGAGGCAUCGGAGGCAGGUGCGCGGUCGGCUGGAAGGCCACGGGGCCAGCGACGACCAGGAGAGCUACGAAGAACAGUUUGCCGUUCCCGAUGUGGCUCCCGACGAGGAAGCCGCGAAGGGCCGCGACGUAAGUCGCGGUCCUACUGGUCGGAAGCCUGCAAAGGCCGACGACCAACAACAACCCACCGCCAAGGCCGCCGCCAAGCGCAAGUCGCCCAAGAGGAGGAAGGAGAAGAAGCUGCGCGCCGGACUCGGCGGAAGCGUCGCUGUCCAAGCCGGAAGGCAAGGACGCGGGGCGCCAGUACACCGUCGAAGAGGUGCGGUAUGCGUGGCGUGCACUGAGCUCUUCCGGCUACUGGAGCAAGACCCGAUCUUGGUCUUCCUCAAGCCCAUGCUGAUAAGCAACUUCACGGGCCCCUUCGUCGCGCCGGACUUCGAUAGUCUCACCAGCGUCGCCCACGCCGCGCCGAUUCUCUUCCAGAUGCUGCGUGAUUCGGGAUUCGUGCUGGGAUCUUUCGAGAUGGAGAAGCUGUGCGACUGGGACCUCAAGUCCUGCGGCCAAGACGCGCCGAGUUCCUCGACGGGCUCAGCCCAGACCUCGACGACCACGCCCUCGCCGCCACCUCGAUACCAAUCGAGAGUGGACUUCAAUAGCAGCUUCGAGUCGCGCAAGCGCAAGUCUCCGGAGAAGCUCUGCGCGCCGGAUUCAGCGGAUGGACCGCCGGCCAAGGCGAGAGGCGAUGACACGGGGAAUCAGUUCACCGCGGCAGAGAUGAGGUAUAUGCUUGCUGGAGUGGAGCUGAUCCGGCUGCUGGAGCACGAUCCGAUCCUGCGUUUCAUCAAGCCCAACGCGAUCAAGUUCACGGGUCCUUUCCGGGUGCCGGACUUUGACAUGCUCACGAACGUUACGCGAGCCACAGGGACACUCUUCGAGAUGUUGCCCGAAUCAGGCCUCAGAUUGGGCAUCACCGAGAGGACGGGGGUGUAUGACUGGGACGUCGAGUCGUGGACACGUACGAUCCGCGGCGUCUUGGGACCGUUGACGGUCCUGGUCGGAUCCAUCCAACGCAAGGUGACUCCGCCUGGGACGCGCCCAAUCUCAACGCAGAUGAUAACUUCGUCCCAGGCUGAGUCGAGCGUGCAUUCCACGUCGAGGUCCAAACCCCGACGCGACGUAGAUGACGAACCCGCCGACUCGUUUGACGUGGACUUCGGGAUGCCGAAAACCACGGCCGCGACCUCAAUCACGACUUCACCGGAACUGGACGAGGUUUUCAACCAUCUGAGCGAGCCGCCGCGCGCUACGCCCCGUAAGGUCACGCCAGCGCUUAUCAAGGUUCUGCCGGAUCUGAAGGAAGCAAUUCCUAAGGCGCUGGAAGAGGCGAAAAAUGUCGACGCGAGACGCGUCAAAGGAGAUGCGCCAGCAAGGACUUGGUAA